AUGUGGCUGACGAAAGCUCAAAGUACCACGAGCUAUUGUACGUCGAUCGAGUCGGAGAUCAGGAACGGAAGGAUUGAGAAUGGGCGCGUGUACGCCGCGUACGGAAAAAAUGAAUAUGGCUUGCCCGUUGACGAAUACGAGCUGGAUCGGAUCGAUAUGAACCACGCAAAGUACACUCUACUGCAGGGAAACAAGCUAUUUCUUGCACCCUUGCCUCUAGACCCCCAGAGGAUAUUAGAUAUUGGGACCGGCACAGGGAUCUUUGCCAUCGACGUUGCAGAGAUGUUCCCCUCGGCCAUAGUCACCGGAACGGACAUUUCGCCAAUGCAACCUCCAUGGGUGCCCCCGAACUGCUCUUUCGAGAUCGACGAUGCAGAAGCAGAUUGGGUGUACCCGAGGGGCUUAUUCGAUUACGUCCACGCCCGAGACCUCUACCACUCAAUUCGCGAUUGGCCUAGGCUCAUCGGCCAAGCAUACACCCAUCUCAGGCCCGGAGGAUAUCUCGAACUUGCCUGCGUGUGGCCAGUACCCAAGAGCGACGACGGCACCUUGCCCAGAGAAGGUUCGGCGUACGUAAAGGUGUGCGACACAUUCCAGGAGAUUGCAGAGAAGAUCGGCGCGGCGCCUGACGCUCCCUUGAACUACAGGUCGUGGAUGAUUGACGCCGGUUUCAAGAAUGUUCGCGAGCAUAUCUUCAAGAUACCCACCUCUCCGUGGCCUCGGGAUCCGAGAUUAAAGAAGAUUGGUGCAUUGGAGCUGAUGAAUGUAAUGGAAGGGGCACAGGCAUUCUUGCUUCGAGGGUAUACGACAAACUUGGGCAGAACGAGAGAGGAGCUGGAGCUUUUGCUGACCCGGAUGAGGAAGGAGCUGGUGAAUCAGCGGUUUCAUAGCUACGUCUCGUUUAUUGUUGUGUACGGACAGAAACCGCACGUAUGA